UAUAAAUAACUUAAAUUUAUAAAAAAUUUGGAGAAAAAUUAGACUGUAUUUGUGAAAUUUGAUUUUAUAAAUGUUUCGUAAAUGUAUUACAACGCUGGUGCAAAACGCCUUCUGCUCCGGUACUUCGACACACAUAAUCCAAGAGAUUUGUCAACGUUCCAUACAUAAUACUGCCGGAUUUGUACGGCCUCCAAAAAUUUUAAUUACCGGUGGCCUUGGUCAGUUGGGUACUGAAUGUGCAAAGCUGUUACGUACUCAAUACGGCAGCGAAAAUGUCAUAUUGUCAGACAUAAUCAAACCGAAUCAAGCGGCUGUAGAGAGUGGUCCUUACAUAUUUGCAGAUAUUUUGGACUUUAAAGGCUUACAGAAAAUUGUCGUAGACCAUCGCGUCGAUUGGUUAAUUCAUUUUUCAGCAUUAUUAAGUGCAGUGGGUGAGCAAAAUGUGCCGCUAGCGGUAAGAGUCAACAUUGAAGGUGUGCACAAUGUCAUCGAACUUGCUAAGCAAUACAAAUUACGCAUCUUUGUACCGAGUACAAUCGGGGCAUUCGGUCCAGAUAGUCCUCGUAAUCCUACACCAAAUGUGACGAUACAACGGCCUCGUACCAUUUAUGGCGUUUCCAAAGUUCACGCCGAACUAAUUGGCGAGUAUUAUUAUCAUAAGUUUGGUUUAGAUUUUAGAUGUCUACGUUUCCCAGGUGUUAUAUCUAGCGAUCCACCAGGUGGCGGCACCACUGAUUAUGCGGUAGCCAUUUUCCAUGAGGCUUUAAGAACCGGUAAAUACACUUGUUACCUGAAGCCCAAUACACGUCUUCCAAUGAUGUACAUAGAGGAUUGCUUAAGAGCUCUCCACGAAUUCAUGUGCGCCCCAGACGACAAAUUGAAACGCCGCGUCUACAAUGUGACCGCGAUGUCAUUCACACCCGAAGAGUUGGUCGAGUGCUUAAGUAAAUAUAUACCAAAUUUACAUGUCAAUUAUAAACCAGACAAUCGACAACUAAUUGCCGAUUCAUGGCCUCAAGUUUUUGAUGAUUCUGAGGCACGUCGCGAUUGGAAUUGGCAGCAUAAAUAUGAUUUAAAUAAUUUAGUUGACUUUAUGGUUAAAGAUGUUCAAGAAAAUUAUAUUAAUGCCGUAAAUGGUAGUGAUACUCGUGCUACUAUUAAAAUUUAGCUAAACCCAUGUGAAUAAAAAAAAAAAAAAAUCACACCUAAACAGUCAUCUAUUAAAUUAAGUAUUCAUACCUCCGUCCUUCAAUUAGGUGCGGAAGAAAAGUACUGAAAAUAUAUUUUUAAAUCAUUUUCAUACAACAAUUUU